AGGCCCAUUUACACCGUCAACAGUACCCUUGGCACGCGCACUCACGCGCGUGUGCUACACUCAACCACCAAGCAACGGUGAAAAGCCAACCGUCGUCAUUAUAUACUGGCCACACCUACACACACUGACACAGUCUAAUAAAAAAAUAAAAAAUAAAUAAAAAUCGAAAACAAAACCCCAUUUAUCGCCCACGAAAAUCCGAAAUUAAUCCAGAAAAUUCACCAUUUUAUAGCACCGGUUUCGAGGAAUACUGGUGAAAUUUUUCGAAGUGUUUUUCUAUUUUGCAUCUUUUUAUUCAGUGUAGGAGUUUAUUUAUUUGUAAAUAAAAAAUCGGAAAAAAUGAGUAGGUGGUUAAGAAAUUAUUUCGAGGAUAGAGAUAGUAUAAACGAACACGUAGAAGGAUCGUGUACAAAUGCACAGCUUGGCUGCUCAGACGAAGAGUUUACGAAGCUCACGAAAAUGCAGUCGGCCCCAGACGAACGCUUGACUAGGGUUUUGCCCGGGAGGAAGGGUAAAUUACCCGUUUCGCCCCUGAAAAUGUUGGUGGGGAGAGAAUGCAACUACAAUGGAAGAGGGAGGUUUUCCUUAUCGGACUCUUGUCAUAUAUUGAGCAGAUAUUUGCCCGUUCAUAGUCCUUCGGUUAUCGAUAAAAUGAACAGCUGUGUGUAUGUAUCUCAAUUUUCGGCCGAUGGGUCACUUUUUAUUGCUGGAUUUCAGGAGACUGGUAUUAGAAUAUAUAACGUCGAUUUGGGGUGGAAAAUUCAUAAAGACAUUCGUGCGAGAAGCUUGAGGUGGACUAUUACCGAUACUUCUCUUUCGCCAGAUCGCCGUUUUCUUGUUUAUUCGAGUAUCUCACCUGUUGUACAUAUCGUUGAUGUCGGAUCGUCUACAAAGGAGUCCUAUGCAAAUGUCACGGAAAUUCACGAAGAAUUGCAAUUUUCAUCUAGUGGCGAAGAUUACGAGGAUUAUAAUUUUGGUAUAUUCUCUGUUAAAUUUUCAACCGAUGGGCGAGAAAUUGUAGCUGCUAGCAGUGACGAUUCAAUUUAUGUUUAUGAUCUCGAAGGCAGGCGACUCAGCCUUAGAAUUCCAGCUCAUCAGUCUGAUGUCAAUGCUGUAUGCUUUGCCGAUGAAAGUGGCCACAUCAUAUAUUCUGGCAGCGACGAUAGCCUCUGCAAAGUUUGGGAUAGGCGUUGCUUUGUGGCCAAGGGGCAAGCAGCUGGAGUAUUGGUGGGGCAUUUAGAAGGCGUGACAUUUAUCGAUACUCGCGGAGACGGUCGAUAUUUAAUUUCAAAUGGAAAAGAUCAAGCAAUUAAACUUUGGGAUAUUAGGAAAAUGUCGUCCAAUGUCAAUUACACACCAAAACGACGAUACGGUGAGUGGGACUACCGUUGGAUGGAAUACCCAGAACAGGCGAGAAAUUUACGACACCCCGAUGACCUGUCAUUGGCUACAUAUAAAGGCCACUCUGUAUUGCGCACUCUUAUACGGUGUUAUUUUUCACCAGCAUAUAGCACCGGGCAAAAGUAUAUAUACACUGGAUCGACUGAUUCAUCCGUUUACAUUUAUGACGUGUUGAGUGGGGCUCAAGUUGCAAAGCUCGAUUUUCACGACGACCCUGUUAGAGACUGUAAUUGGCACCCUUUCUACCCUAUGAUUGUUAGCUCUGCGUGGGAUGGUAUGCUUGCUCGUUGGGAAUUUCCGGGUGACGGUAGUGAAAAUGCUGAUCCUAUCAGACGAACCAGAAGAAGACGCAGAUUUUUCUACUAAAUUUUGGAUGUAGAAUUUGUCUAUUAUAUAUUAUACACACAUAUAUUUAUAAGGUCUAUAUUUUGAUCAUUUUAUAUAUAUGUUGUAUAAUUAUAACAUGUAUUUUUACCAGUUUGCAGACUUUAUAAUGAAAGAUAGGGGUGAAAUUUGUGAACUUUCCAUCUUAAUAAAUCAUACAUGAAUGAUGAAUCCCUUUUUGUUUUACUUGAUGUAUAUUGAUUAGUCUUAAC